GGCCAAGACCCCACUGACACAGAAUUCUGGGCCUGCAGAGCUGCUGUGACCAUGUGGAAGGCAAUCGUCUCCUCAAGUAGAGCUGCGGAGAAGGUGCUGCCGGAGCUGCUGUGCGUGCUGGAGGACUGGCCGCUGCACAGAACAUCCACCUCUGACAAGGACUACUCAGACAUCUUUUCCCUGGCUGCAACCAGAGCACUGUGGGAGAUCAUCCAUCUGCCCCACCAUCCAGAGGCAUUGAUGAUGUAUUUCCCCUGCCUCUUUGUGGCUCUGCUAUUCCAAAUCUUCUCCAGCACAACGCAGAUGCCAGUAGAAGUCAAUACCUUCUGGAGGAGAUGCCAGCAGAAGCAUUGCCUUCCCACCAACCCCAGCAGAUUCAUAGUGCAGACCAUGAAAUCACUGCUCUGCCAUCUUGAGUAUGAGGAUGUGGUGUCUGAAGUUGAACAUGAGCGUGGCUGGGACACAUUCCUCAAUAUUGACAAUCACCAGUAUGCAGUGGGUCUGCUGGCCAG